AUGACUAGUAUGGAUAUUAGUCUCGCCCAGUCAGGACAUCAGCACAUACCCGCAGCACCCGAACCUUCAGUAGCUGAGCCUGACCCAGAGCCAGAGGAAUCACAGGCAGGGUAUAAUCCUAUGGAUGUGGAUCUAGGUACAAUGCUAGAGGAGGAACCCGGAGAAGAAGACCCCGAAGAAGAGCCUGAAGAGGCACCGGAAGAAGAACCCGAAGAGGAACCGGAAGGAGAUCCGGAAUUAGAACCAGAAGAGCAACCUGAGGAUGAGCCAGAGGAAGAGCGGAUUGAAGUUUCGCUAGAGUCGGGCGUCGUUUCCUGGGACGUCGCACUAGUUCGAUCAAAGAGGGAUGCCACGAGCUCGAUGAGGUUCGGGGCGUGA